CUGUCCAUUCCCCAAGCUGCCUCACGCUAAAGAAACAGAAUUUGUAGGCUCCUGCCCUAUGAGCCGUUCCGGCUCGCACACGGCUACUUACUUGCUGUAGUCAGUGACUAUUUGCAUAUAAAUCAUAUGCUCCUUUCUCGAUUAGCUACACUGGUCUGCAACUAACUUCCACAACAUAUUUUUAGUUGUUUCACUAUUGCGGAAGCAAGGCAAAUCCCAGAACUAUACGCCUACCCGUGGAAUGAAAAGUCUCGUAUCAACGCUAGAAGGAAAUAUCCGACCGAGGACCGGGUAGCAAGCCAUGGCUACUGCGCAGGACUCCAUCUACAUGAAAUCCGCUGACUUAAUCAAAAAGGAGCCUCUGGACUACGGUGGAUUCGGUACAGUGUAUCUGUGCUAUCACAAAACCCUCGGCCAGGUGGUUCUGAAGACCAUCUACACCGGGCCACCGCGUAAUGAGGGCAGUAAGCAGUCCCUGCUAGAGGAGGGUAGCCUGAUGAGCAGACUGAACCAUGAGCGGGUGGUCAGGCUGCUGGGGGUGAUCCUGGAGGAUGGGGACUACUCUCUGGUCAUGGAGCUCCUCCCUAAAGGCAACCUGCUGGCCAUGCUGGACCGGGUACCUGUGCUGAUAUCCAUCAAGGGCAGGAUCAUACUGGAGAUUCUGGAGGGGAUGGUGUACUUGAUGAAGAACCGUGUCAUACACAAAGAUCUCAAACCAGAAAACAUACUGGUGGACAAGGAUUUUCACAUCAAGAUUGCAGACCUGGGCCUGGCCACCUGUCAGACGUGGAGCAGGCUGACUAAGGAGGAGUCUCGCAGGCAGAGCCGGCUGGCGCGUCCUGGGGCUGGGGGAGUGGGGGGCAGGGCAGCCGGUACUCUGUGCUACAUGGCUCCUGAGCACCUGGACAGCAUCCACACACGCUCCUCUGAGAAGUCUGACGUCUAUAGCUUCGCUAUUGUCGUAUGGGUCAUCCUCACUGGCAGUGAGCCAUAUGAAAAUGCUCGGAGUGAGGACCAUAUCUGCCAGUGUGUCCGUAAAGGUGAUCGUCCUGAUGAAGACCUCAUCUCUGCUGAUACUCCUGUAGAGAUCACAGAGCUAAUGAAGAGAUGCUGGCAUCAGGAUCCACAACUACGACCAACAUUCCAAGAGGGCUACAACACCUUCCUGCCCGUCUACAGGGAGAAGUUAGAGCCAGAUGUAGAGAGGGACUCACUUGGUCUCAGAGACUUGUACGAGGGGCCAGAGGAGCUGGUGGAGAAGAUGAAAUCUAUAUCCAUGUCCCCUGAGAGCCUUAAAGCAGACCGGCUGGCUCCCUUACUGAGCUCAGACAGUGCUAGGGCUGUUCGUAUAGAGGCUGGUCCAGUGGAGGCCUGCAUCGAGGACCUGAACCUCUUCUUCCCCUGUGAGCACUCCCUUAUCCAGCCAGAUGUCCAGGCCCUCAGCCCCACCACGGGCAUGGAGCUCAAAAUGGUCAACAAACUCUCAGCCCUGGAAGUCAAACUAGCCCAGCAGUUGGAAUAUCACAAAUACGCCAGCUACAGCCAGAUGGACCAGCUUGACUUCAGCCCCUACCAUAAUCCUCACGCUUCCACCCCACAGCGCCUCAGCUCACAGGACCCCACCGCCAACAGAGGGCUCCCCAAAACCCAGGCCGUCCAGCCCAGCAGUGUGGAGGUGAACCCCCACCUCCGUCUUUCUAGCCUAGGAGUGUACAAGGCCGCGGACCCCUCAGGGGCCACCACACCCAGGUGCCAGCUUUCCAGCCACAUGCCUGAGUCCUCCAGCAGCCCCUCUCUAAGCCAGGGCAAGUACUCCCCCCAGCAGCAGUAUCCCUACGCCCAGUACUACCGCCUCCAGUCCUGGCCAGCCUACCCAGUGCCAGAGUCAGCUGCCCCAGACCUCACUGCAGGGCUGCGCCUGAACUCGUGUGCCAUGGUUAGACCUCCACAGGACCCAGGAGGCCUGUUCAUCCAGAAUGCCAGAGGGAUCCAGAUAGGGAGCAACAACAUACUCAGCAUCAGGGACCACGAGUCUUACAGCAGGUCAGCCAGCUCUCUCUCCAAUGGGGCAAACUCACACUCUCUACUCAAAGAGACCCUGCAGAUGAACGACGACCAGGCAGUGACUGAAGAGCACCUUGAUCUCCUGAGAGAAAACAUCGGGAAGGAAUGGAAGCGCUGUGCCCGCCGUCUGGGCCUGAGCGAGGUGGAGGUGGACACCAUCGACCAGGACUACCAUCGUGACGGAUUGCCUGAGAAGGUGCACCAGAUGCUGGAGCGCUGGAGGAUGAAGGAGGGCUAUGUGGGCUGCACAGUGGGCCAGCUCUGCAGAGCACUGGAGAACUGUGUCAAAGUAGACCUGGUAAAGAAGCUUCUUCAUGCCUGCAGGACCAAUACUUUUCCAUAGGUACAGUAGACUAUCUAUUCCAGUACCCCCUACCCCUAACCCAGAGAGAGACUUUCUACUCCAGCACCCACCCAUUAGUGUACAGGUUAUACGGAACCCAAACCGGCUGCACAUGUGUGCCAUCAUGCAUACAUUUAUUUUGUCCCCCCACAUCAAAUGUGAUUACGACACGCAGGUUAAAAUAUCAAAAACUCUGAACCAAUUAUAUUAAUUUGGGGACAGGUCGAAAAGCUUUAAACAUUUAUGGCAAUCUAGCUUACACUUGCUGUUGCUAGCUAAUUUGUCCUGGGAUAUAAACAUUGAGUUGUUAUUUUACCUGAAAUCCACAAGGUCCUCUACUUCGACAAUUAAUCUACAAAUAAAAACGGUCAACCGAAUCAUUUCUAGUCAUCUCUCCUGUCAUGCCCUGACCUUAGAGAUCCUUUUUAUGUCUCUAUUUUGGUUGGUCAGGGCAUGACUUGGGGUGGGCAUUCUAUGUUUUGUGUUUCUAUGAAUUUCUAUUUAUAUGUUUUGGCCGGGUAUGGUUCUCAAUCAGGGACAGCCGUCUAUCGUUGUCUCUGAUUGGGAACCAUACUUUAGGUACCCUUUUUCCCACCUGUGUUUGUGGGAAGUUGCCUUUGUUUGUUGGCACUAUUGCCUUUAGCUUCACGUUUUGGUUAUGGUUUAUUGUUGGUUAUGGUUUAUUGUUUUGUGUCGGCGUCAUUCUUAAAUAAAGUAAAAUGUACAUUCA